UCGGCGGUCCUCAUUCAAAGUAUUCACCCACUCUACUGCUGCACGGUAACUUCGCCAAAGAACCUUUGACAUUUGACACAGGCGGUUUGGGUUUGCAAGUGGUAAAAAAACUAUUCAUUCACAUAUUCUAUGUCGCUGCUGUACGUGGUGGAUAAACUGUACCUGCAACAUUCAUCGAGUUUAAGAUCAUUGUAGCUAGCUAGCAUAUUAGCUAGUUCGUUAAAUUGAAAACAUGACUUCGUUGUUUAGUUUUCUUUAGUGUAUUUCUUCUGUUGCAAUUUUAUUUGUUUUACUGGGCCAAUGUAACACAUGCAUGUGUUGUGUUUUAUUUGUCAUUUUUUAAAACUACAAGUACGUAACGCUACGUAACGCUAACGUUUAACGUUUGCGAUAAUCCUCUUACUGUGUUGACGUUUUUUAAAUUCAUCUGGCACGUACAAGAAUUACAGUUAUCCAAGAUCGUCACGAUAAAAAUAGUUGUCAUAAUAUUUGGCACUGAUUGAAUCUUAAACAUGUAGGUUUAUUAAUGAAUCUGAAUAUUAGAAACAAACAUUCAAUGGCACCCUAAAACAUUGUACUGUUUUCUAUGUAACCGAUGUUUUUUUUAAAUUGAUUGAAAUAAGUAUAGUGUAUAUUAUAAUACAGGAAUUUGGUCAACUUUAACUUUACCUGGCGCCAACACAUCUCUGGUUUGUUGCUUGAUUUUUUUUUUGGGGGGGGGGUAUUCCGCUUUCCUUGCAAGUGAUGAUAAUAGUGAUUAUCAUCUGAUUGAUACACAGUAGCGUAGUGGUUAGCAUGUUUGGCUCACAGUCAGCAGGGUUUGAAUCUCUGGAGUUUGCAUGUUUGUUUUUUUUUAACGGUUCCUCCCACAGUUUAAAACAUGCAAGUUAGGCUAAUUGCAGACUCUAAAUUGCCUUUAAGUGUGAGAGUAAAUGGUUGGUUGUGACCUGUGAGUGACUAGUGGCCAGUCCGGAAUGUAACCUGCCUAAUGAGCUGCUUUCCACAAUGGCAGAGGGGGAGGAUGCAGAGUGGGAGCUGUGCAAAGAGAACAUAAAGCCUCUGAGACGUGGAAGGAACAUGUCAGCCUUGAUGCAGGCCCUCAGCCAAAGCAAAGAUGGCCCCAGCCCUGCCAUCCUCCAACAGAAACAGGCUUUUGAGACGGAAUUGCGACUGUACGACGGAGAUGAUCCACUUGAUGUUUGGGAUCGGUACAUCAAAUGGUCCGAGCAAAUGUUUCCUCAGGGAGGAAAGGACAGCAACCUGAGCACACUGUUGGAGCAAGCUGUGACCCGAUUCACAGAUGAAAAGAAGUAUCACAACGAUCCUCGCUACGUUGACCUGUGGAUCAAAUAUGCGUGGUGCUGCUUGGAACGCUUGGACAUUUACAGGUACAUGCAAGCUCAGGGUAUAGGGAUCACCAGGGCGGCCUUCUACAUUGCCUGGUCCGAGGAAUAUGAGACCCGCGGCGACUUCCUCAAAGCUGACUUGAUCUACCAGGAAGGACUCAAGAUGUUUGCUCAGCCCUUUGAUAAGCUUCAGCUGUUUCACAAGACGCUGCAGACUCGCGUGUCGCGACAGGUGAUGAAGAAAGUCACUGAGAGCGACAGUGAUGACGAGCCCAAACAACCUGAGAGAGUUUCUCUUGCCGAACUCAAAACCAGAGGGAAGAAGGCCGCCGUGCCUAUCAACAGAACUGGACCUGCAAUAAAAAGUGUCUCAAAGGGACUGAGUUUACGUGUCUCCACCGUUGGUGAAAGCAGCAGCCACAGCAGCAAUAGUAAGCUCGUGGUCUUCGAUGAGAACAAGGCAGGCGCCGCUCUUUCGGAACCUAAAUUGGAGCCUUGGUUAGCUCCUCCUCCUGCAAGGGCAAAAGAAAAUGAGAAAGGGAUAGAAAAAUGGUGUGAUGUCAAGAUGCGACAGAAGUCCAAGUUUGGUAAGACAAUGAUGGCGCCGCCUCCUCUCCAGAAACCCACAUUCCAACCAUAUGUUGAAGAGUCAGAUGAGCCUCCAAAAAUGACACCGUGCAAGAUCUACCCGACAGUGAACAACGUUUUAUCGGCACGCAAGCCCUCCAGAGAAGACAAUCCUCUGACGAGACUGCUGGAGCACAAACAGAAGCAGACAGAAGCCGAAUCGGGCAAAGAGCUGGAAAAGAGCAUGUACUGUAAAGAGCUGCUCUUUAGUGGCACCACCGAAUUUUGCUUAGAGGAGCUGCGUGCUGAGCGCUACUUCAAGGCAAAGAAUUUGCAGGCAGUCAACUGCCCUGAUAACCCUUCAAGUGGCCUGCAGACAAACUAACAAGGCAAAGUUCAAAUUGUACGAUCAUCAUCCUCUUCAUUAGGUACACCUUCAAAAUCCAACAUAUAAGAAGCCAGCAUCGUAAUUGCUGCUAAACUAAUGAAAAUACCAAACAAAUGAAAUAUACUGAAUGGCUACUUAUCUCAUAAUAUCGUAUCUCGACUGAUCCAACUUUAAUGAGAUCCUAUACAAGAGCUUUAUCCGAAAUCACAAAGAUAAUGAGCAGUUUUGAUUGACACUGCCAUAGGUGUAUUAAUUGAACAGUAUGUUUAUUAUUGUGAUCUCUGUGCUUUGUAGAAGUGUAUUUCUAAACUUGUAUUGUUCCUGUCUCAAGUAGUUGAAUGAGGUAACCGCUUUUUGUAUGAUGCAGUGCAGUUUGACAAUUAUGAUAAUAAACAUUGAUAGAUGUAACCCUCUCUGACAGUGUUAAAAACAGCAUUGUAAAUGUGGCGUUUUGGAAUCGAUGCAGGUGUACUUAAUGUGUUUAAUGAGGUUUGAUCCAUUCGAACCUUGAUUUUAAAGCAUGAUGUCACUUUUCGAACAUCACUUGCGUUUGUUACUGGCAUGUUACACUGUCCACAUAGGGGCUAGAAACCUAUUCAGGCUCUGUUUUACACAUACAAGUCUAUAUGAGAAAAGAAACAGCGCAAAAUUUGUACUGUUAAAAUAUAUACUGUAUAUGUACAUAUUUUGUAUAUGGACUCGUCCACACUUUGUACUAGAUAUGCUUCUAUACCACUUUUAAUUUUAUCCUUUGUUCACUACUGAAUUUGUCCUAAGUACUAUCUGUUCUUUUUAUGUGUUGUUUCAAAACCAUUCCAGUGUAUGAGAAGUUACAUGUGCUACAACAAUGACAACCAUCCUCAAUAAAACUUCUGGUAG